GACACUUCCACUCCAAUCACAGGAAUGGAGGAUUCUCAUAAUAUUUUGAGAAGUUGGAUGAGAGUGAUUUCUCAGGUCUUCUUCUACCUGACCUUGAUCCUCGGUGUUCCUGGAAAUUCAUUUGUCAUGUAUGUUGCUGGAUUGAAGAUGAAGAAGACUGUUAAUACAGUAGGGUUUCUCAAUCUAGCGAUUGCUGACCUCUUGUGCUGCCUUUCCACUCUUUACUAUGUGACCAAGAGUACUAUUGGCUACUGGCCUUACGGACCCAUAAUGUGCAAGAUUUUCCCCUUCGUUAUGUUCGUCAGCAGGUUUGCCAGCGUUUUCACACUGAGCUUGAUUAGUCUGGAUCGGUUUACUCGGGUGAUCACACCGGUUUGGGCUCAGAAUCAUCGCAGCUUGUUCAUCGCACGACUGUCCUGUGCAACAAUUUGGAUACUGGCUUCAAUUCUCAGUCUGCCUUUUAUGAUGUUAAGAGAGACUUACACAGAAAAUAAUAAAACACAGUGCCGGCCAUAUCUACCUAAUAAAGAACAUUCUGAAUUGUAUGGAAGGCUAAGCAUCAUCAGAUUUGUGAUUGGCUUUUUAGUUCCUCUCAUAUGCAUCACAACAUGUUACGGAUUCAUCACACACAAGUUAGGCAGGAGUCAUUUUCACUCUGGACGAGCGUUUUGCAUUAUUUUGGCUGUAAUCGUGGCCUUUUUUCUGUGCUGGUUGCCGUAUCACAUAUUGCGUUUUAUAAACAUAUUCGGAGAUAAAUCAAGUCGCCCGGUGGCUUUGGCAGUGAAUAUGUUGGCCAUCUCUUUGGCGUAUUUCAACAGCUGUCUGAACCCCAUUCUGUAUGUUUUCAUGGGGCAGGAUUUUAAGAGCAAUGUUAAACUUUCUCUAAGACGUGUUUUUGAAAGAGUUUUCACUGAGGAGGGAACACAAGCCUCACGAUCCACACAGCCUCAACACACACACUCAGUGUAGUGAAGAUAUCAACUCAUUUAUACUAUAUAUACUGUAUAUGAGUUUUCUGAUUGAUUUGUAUUACUAUUUUAAUAAUGUUGUAAUUUCAUAAUUGUAAAUUCAUCAACUCGAAGUCAGCAAGUCAUCUAACUCUUAUCCAUGAUUCCUGUUGUUUUCUGUAUUGUUUAUAUAUUCUAAAUGAUUUGUGAUGAAC